CUCUCCCGUAUUCUUGUCCUCGGGGAGCGGGAUGGAGAACGCUGCGGUUCUCAGGGAGUGGUUCGAGCGAGUCGAUUCCAACCGCUCCGGCAACAUCACCGCCCUCCAGCUCCAGGGAGCACUCUCCGUCGGAAACCUCGACUUCUCCCUCUCCAUCGUUCAGCAGAUGAUCAGAAUGUACGAUUUCGAUGGAAAUGGGACUAUGAACUUUGAAGAGUUUGUUGCACUUAACAAAUUUCUUCUCAAGGUCCAAAAUUUAUUCACAGUUCUUGAAAGGGGCCGUGGAUAUCUCAAUCCUGAUGAUGUUUACGAGGGACUUGUCAGACUUGGCUUCUCCCUUGAUUCACCUUCUUUUUUAACAGUCUGUGAGAGCUUUGAUAAGAACAAGAAGGGAAUGGUUAGGUUGGAUGAGUUCAUCUCGCUUUGUAUAUUUGUACAGUCAGCUCGUAAUUUGUUUAACUCCUUUGAUACAACCAAGCAAGGCAGAGUAACAUUGGAUUUCAACCAGUUUGUGUACUGUACGGCCAAUUGCCGGAUAUAAAACUUGCUGAUGUGGCGAAGGUCAGUUGCUGGUUGUGGUUCAAUCUACUGCAUCUCCUUGUAAACUUCUUGUGUAUCAUUUAUCCAACAGUGUAAUAUAAAUGCACAGCUUAGAUUCUUGUUCGUCAACAUGAUGACAGUAAUGUGGGCGGUCGAAACCUUUAUUUAUCUCGUAGUAAACUAAACUAUAAACUAGGGCCUUGUAUUUAUUUCAUUGCGGCAUCAACAAUCUACUCCAUGUGGCGCCACUUGGAUAAAGGACGAAUUAUAUUUCUGCUA